AUGCAGCAGCAGUAUGCCAGCGACAUACAGCGGCUGGGGCUCCUGGCUCUGCCAGCAGUGCCCAGCGGCUCGGCCAGGGAUGCAGCCGAGGGAGUUGCGGUCCCCGUCAACUCCGCAGAGCUGCUGGGCCUGCAAGGUGUGCAGUUCCCGCUGAAGCCGACGAUCGAGAAGGCGUAUGAGGAGCUGAAGAACACUCCCCUGGAGGAUGGGUACAGUGAGUUGGCGCGCCUAGGCAAGGAGCGCAUCCUGCAGGCGGCCCGACAGGAGCUGCACCGCGUGGGCGGCCGCACCGCGCUGCUGCGGCCCGGCGUGCAGAUUGAGCAGCUGCUGCUGCCGGGCGCCAUGGCGCUGCUGCACCAGGUCAGGCGGUACGACCUGGUCAUCCAGCUCAGCGAGGAGGGUGCGGGGCUGGGGGCGCGCCAGAUCCAGGACUCCAGCCCACACACGCUGCGGGAGAUCGAGCAGGACAUGGCUCUGGCCACGGCGCUGGCGCAGGCGAGCGGCGCGCAGCCUGCCGCCGCUGGCGCUGCCGCCAUUCUCAGCAGCUGCCACUGCCGGCUGGAGGAGGCGUUGGAGCUGCUGGUGGGGGCGCCGCACGCGGCGGGCGGCGGCAGCCUGCUGGGGGAGGGCGGGCCAGGGGCGCAGCAGGGGCAGCGCGCGCUGGCACCCAAGCUGCAAGCUGAGAUCAGGGCUGCGCUGGCGCAGUACCACCCUGAUGCAGUGCCCCUGGAUCGAGCCGACUACGACCUACGGCAGAAGGAGCUGCAGGCGUUGACGGCGUGGGCGGCGGAGGCGCCGCCGCCGCGCCGCUGGCUGUCCCGCGCCCGGCGGCAGCGCCCUGCGCUCACAGCUGACUACAUGGCUCGCAUCGUGCCGCACCUCACCGCAGGCAGGCCCUCCGAGCUGUGCUCUCUGUACGACUGGCAGCGGCUGGCUGCCGGGGGCAGCAGCUCCCGCUGCCCCUGGUACUUCCCUGGGCUGCUCAAGCGUGUGGCGCUGGCACACCUGGUGGUCGGGUUCACGGAGCGCAGCCCUGCCGCCAUCCACACCGCGCUCAGGCUCUUCUCCGCUGUCAAGAAGGGCGAUGACGUGGCGCUCUCCCUGGCCGUGUGCCGCCUGCUGCUGGGAGACCCGGCGGGGGCGCUGCGGGUGCUUCAGGACGACGAGCAGGCGCAGGCGGCGGCGGUGGCGCAGCGGCAGCAGCAGCAGCAGGCGGCGGGCCUGGCGGCGGCGCCAGGCGGCAAUGGGGUAAUGGAUGGCGCCUCCGUGGCGGGGCGGGGAGCGGGGCCGGGGCCGGCCGCGCGCCACGCUGUGAUGCCGUUCAUUCGGCAGCACUCGCCUCAGGGGGAGCUGGACCUGCGGCCCGGGCUGGCCGCCUUCACCAACUGGUGGCUGGAGGCGGUGGCCUAUCCAGAAUUCCAGGACACGGCCCUGGGCGCCGCGCGCCGCCCCAACCUGGCAGCAUAUUUUGAUGACCCUGGCGUACAGGCCUUCCUGGCGUCCCAGAAUGGCAAGCCCGGCGGCGGCAUGCUGGGCAUACUGUCCCGAGCCCCGGCCUUGCUGCUGGGGCGCUUUGGCGGCCCUGCAUUGGACGCUGCACUUCACGACUCGAUGCGGCAGCAGCGUGCGGGAAGCCUGCUGGCGACAGUCCUGCGGCUGCUGGCUGGCGCCGCGGUGCUGGCUGCCGCGGUGCUGGCAGCGUCCCGGCUGCGCAGCAGCGGCUGGGAGGGCAUCCCCUGGGCGUUGCGGCCGCCCACGGCGGCGGAGCAGCUGCCGCCAGAUGAAACCACCGAGGCCGCAGCAGCAGACAUCGGCCUGCCGGCGCAGGCGCUGCGGCGGCUGUGGCCGCAGCAAUGGCAGCAAGGGGAGCAGCAGGCGGCCGUGCCCCAGCAGCAGCAGCAGCAGCAAGUGCAGGUGCUCAGCAAGUCGGCAGCUGCCAAGCUUGUCAAGGAAUGGCUGAGCGUCAAGGCGGAGGCGAUGGGCCCACGGCACACCGUGGCGCGGCUGGCGCAGGUGCUGGACGAACCGAUGCUGUCGGCGGUGCUGUCAGAGGCGGCGGACGCUGCGGCCAGCGGCUGGUACUGGAACAUCCGGCCGCACAAGUCCAAGGUUGAUUCCCUGGACGCCAGCAGCUUCAGCGCCGCCGACGGCGGCGGCCACGUCUCUGUGCUGGCCACUUUGGAUGAGUCCGCGGAGCUGUGGGGCGCCGAUGGGGAGCAGGGGGAGAGCUACAAGACCACGUACCAGGCGGGUGGUGUUGUGGUGGAGUACACUCUGGUGUACAGUGGCGGCGGCUGGAAGAUAGCCAGCGCCCUUGUGCUCAGCUCAUAG